AGUUUUCUACCCGGAAGUUAUUGUAAACAAACAACAAAAUGGCGCCAUCAGAAGUAAAAGCCGAGCUAGCUAGUAGCAGUUUAUUAGCCAUGUACAAAGGAUGUACGCUGCAAACAGCUGUUGAAGGGCGACUUUGAUACUGACGACAGCACGACGAUAGUCAGUGAUGCUGCUGGACACAACGGAGUCUACCUCAGAGCUCGGCUGGACCACCUAUCCAGACACGGGGUGGGAUGAAGUCAGUGUCCUGGAUGACCGGGGGAAGCUUAUACGAACCUUUGAGGUCUGCAAUGUCAACCAAAAUCCCCGACAGCAAGACAACUGGUUGGCUACGCCCUUCCUGUACCGCCACUCCGCUCCGCGGGUGUUUGUCACGUUGCGUUUCUCGGUGCGUGACUGCGCCAGCCUGCGGUCACCGUCACCCACCUGCCGAGAGACACUCACCCUGUUCUACAAACAGGCCGACAGCCAGAGAGAGCUGGAGAGGACCUGGGUAGCUGAGCCUUCUACUGGGGAAAAGGAGACGAGGGAGGGCUGGGUGAAGAUCGACACCAUCGCGGCUGAUAAGAGUUUUUCUAAGGUGGAGCCCAGCUCACCUCACCAGUAUCAACCCAACAGAUACAGCAGAAUCAACAUCAAGACGCGCAGCUUUGCCCCUCUCACACGCAAUGGAUUUGUCUUGGCCAUCGUCGACAGUGGAGCCUGUGUUUCCCUCAUGGGUGUGUCUAUCUUCUACCGGCGCUGUCCAGCCACCAGCCUCUACUUGGCAUCCUACCCGCCGACUCCCUCAGGGGCGGAGCCGACCGCCUUAGUUCCCGUGAGCGGCACAUGUGUACCCCACAGUAAAGCCCAGGGCGGCACUCCCCCUCGUAUGCACUGCAACGCUGAAGGGGAGUGGAUGGUUCCUGUCGGAGGAUGUGUCUGUGAUGAAGGAUAUGAGCCGAACGUCAAUGGAUCUGCCUGCUUGGCUUGUCCAGUGGGCUACUUCAAGUCCGUCUCAGGCUCUGUUCCCUGCUUAGUGUGUCCCUCCAACAGCCGAACCAGCCAGGAGGGAUCGAGUGUGUGUGAAUGUCGCAGCAGCUUUUAUCGGUCAGCCAAUGAUGCCAACUCGUCUGCCUGCACAACUCCUCCCUCAGCUCCGGUCUCUCUGACCUGGGAGUAUGAAAGCGGCGACGGCGGAGUUUCCUUGAGGUGGCGCCCUCCAGUGGACAUGGGAGGCCGCAAUGAAGUGUGGUACGGAGUGGUGUGUCGCAUCUGCCCCUCUGCUGUCAUCACCAACCCGGCGUUGUGCUCCUGGUGCGGGGAGGGCGUCACCUUCAGCCCCUCCCAGACGAACCUGAAACAAACCAAGGUCACCCUCAACAACCUGCUGACCAGAGUCACUUAUCUCAUACAGGUGCAGGCCAUGAAUGAGGUGUCAGCUUUGAGUCCUUUUCCAGCCCGAUACACAAGCAUCAAUUUCACCACGAGCCAGUCAGUUCCCAGUACAGUUCCCAUGAUGCAUCAGCUGAGCCGGGCCCCAGACUCCAUCACUCUCUCAUGGCCUCAGCCGGACCGGCCCAACGGAGACAUCCUGGAGUACCAGCUUAGGUACUAUGACAAGGGUUCAGACGUCGAUAGUGCAGCGAGUGUGUACAGCGAGACCAACACGGUGACCGUCAACUCUCUGCUUCCUGGAUCCAUCUAUGCCUUCCAGAUCAGAGCUCGAAAUGAACGUGGCUUCGGACCCUACAGCAACACCAUCUACUUCACCACGCUGCCCCUGGAGGAACAUUCACAUCAGAUCCAGAACCGUCUUCCUCUGCUGGUUGGGUCUGUGAUGGGUGGAGCAGCAUUUCUCCUGGUGGUGGCAGCGAUUGUGGUUGUGGUGGUGUUUCGGAGUAAGAGGAGGGAGAGUCCGUACAGCGACAGACUCCAGAGGUACAUCAGUAACCGAGGUGGUGUUAAGUAUUAUGUGGACCCAUCCACCUAUGAGGACCCCAGUGAGGCUGUCAAAGAAUUUGCCCGUGAAAUAGAUCCCACUCAUCUCAAGAUCGAGGAGGUGAUUGGUGCAGCCCAGUUUGGGGAGGUCUCCCGGGGCCGCUACCGUCCAAUGGGUCGCAGGGAGGUGCUGGUAGCGGUGAAGACUUUGCGCUGGGGGGCGUCCGACAGAGAGAGGGGGAUGUUUCUCAGUGAGGCAGGCGUCCUGGGACAGUUUGACCACCCCAACGUACUCAAGUUGGAGGGCGUGAUCACUCGUACCCCUCCAGAGAGGAUCAUCACUGAGUUCAUGGAGAACGGGCCGCUGGACGCCUUCCUCAGGGAGAACGAGGGCCAGUUCAGCGUCCUCCAGCUGGUUGGGAUGCUCAGAGGAAUUGGAGCAGGGAUGCGUUACCUCGCUGAGAGAAACUUUGUCCACAGGGACCUGGCAGCUCGGAACGUGUUGGUCAACUCCAACCUGGUCUGCAAAGUGUCCGACUUUGGCUUAUCCCGACUCAUGAGGGGCCUGGACCACAACAUACCUACAUACACUGCCUCACUGGUACAUAUUGAUAAACUGGGCCUCUGUGGUUUUUAUAUGCUUCUGAUUUUGUAUCAUGACACUUUCAUUUUCACCAUCUUCCUCCAUCAGGGCAGCAAGAUUCCUGUGAGGUGGACCGCACCAGAAGCCUUUCAGCAUCGCAAGUUCAGCUCUGCCAGUGAUGUCUGGAGCUUCGGCAUACUUAUGUGGGAAGUGAUGUCAUAUGGAGAGCGUCCAUACUGGGACAUGAGCAAUCAGGAAGUGAUGAAGGCCGUAGCAGACCAGUAUCGCCUCCCUGCUCCACACAACUGUCCCGCUGCUCUCCACUCUAUGAUGCUCCAGUGCUGGCAGGCUGAUCGAGGGGACCGGCCAGCCUUCGACUCCCUCCUGUCCUCUUUGGAUCGGCUCAUCAGGCACCCUGCCUCUCUCAAGGCAGAGCCAUCUCGAAGCUGCUCUCAGCCACUGCUCAGUCCCACCCCUACAGACUUAUCGUCAGUGGCAACAGUCAGUGAUUGGCUGAAGGCGCUGAGGAUGGAGAGAUAUCAGGAUGAGUUUGAUCAGGCACAGCUGGACACAUUAGACAGAGUCAGCAAGCUCACGAUGGAUGACGUCCAGAGCCUCGGGGUGAACCUGCUGGGGCACCAGAGGAAGAUCGUCAGUGCGGCCCAGCAGCUCAGAGCCCAUCUGACGCAGGGGCAGGUGGAGGUGUGAAAUCUGCCUCCACUGCAAACCUGUGCCAUGGAUCUCUGUGGUUUUCAUAUCCCUCUGCUUGUUGUGUCUGGUUUCUGUAACACUCGUUUCAGUGGAGCACAUUUUUAAGCCAAAACAGAGAGAAAAUCAGCUUUCCGGUGCCACUCUGUGUAUUCUGAGUAACCUAACACGACAACCAGAAGGGGUGAGAAAAAGAAAGAUGAUCGGGACUUCCUGCCUGUCACUCAAGACAAAUAACAGAGGAGAGAUGCACUAUGGGAGCUGCAGUCCAGGUCAAAGUGAGGUUGGGUAAAUGCUGAGGAGGGGAAGGACAUUAAAGAUUGCGCGAUGUUUUUCACUAGAUUUCACUUUAUUGUUGUCUGCCUUCUUCGCUCCUCACCCAUCAGCAAUCCUACCUCUCACCCUCUCAUCCACUACUGCCCCUCCAUGAAACAUUUAAAUUCCCCCACCCUCAUCGAGUACAAAACAAUUAUAAAAAUGCUUUUUUUUAAAAUACUCAUGGAGUUUUCUCCACACAAAGAAUUGCGUGAGGACAAUCAAAGCCUUUCUAAUAUUUUUUGAGUUGUUUGUAAAGAUCUAUCACUUCCUCUCUACUUAAAAACGCCAAAUGCUAAAAACCUGUGAGCAAAAAAGGAAACAGUGUACUACCUAGCAAGCUAUGGUGCGCCUUAUGAGGUCUUACCAUCUUUUAGAAAAAUGUAUAGUUCAUUCAAUGUAAAAAA